UUUCAAACAAUCACGCAUGAAUCUGUGUGUCCGAAUCCGUAGAACAAGAUAAUGGUCUACAACAAGGUUUAUGGCGUCCCUUUGUACGGAUCUUCUUGGCUCCCCCUCAAUCUAAUCAAUUCUGCAGAUGAUCACGAUCAUGAUCAUGAUCAUGGUUCUCCAUCCAAAUCUCAACAUGAUGAUGAUAUUAAUGAUAAUGAUCCUCUAACCAAGCCUCAACAUGAUCAUGAUGAUGAUCCUCUAAUCAAGUCUCAGCAUGAUAAUAAUGAUGAUCCUCAAACCAAGUCUCACCAUGAUCAUACCAACUCUCGAGAUGAUCGUGAUCAUGAUGAUGUUGCCGUCGAGGAAUCUCCGCCGUCCAUAAAACCCACCAGGCACGUGGUUCUCUCCGGCGGUGGUGGCGAGGGCAGAAUCGGCAUCCCCAAUGCCCUUUUAAUAUCACAGUUUGAUCCCAACACUAAAUCCCUCUCUGAUCACCCUGUGGCAGAGCUUGGUACUGGGGCUGAUUUGCCUUCUAGAAUGGCUGUACACCCUAAGGGAGAAGGCGUUAUGUGCUCAAUGCCGAAAAGCUGUAGAUGGUAUGAAUGGGAAGCCAUAGAGCGAGACGGUGUUCACGGGUGGAGUCCGAAAUCAUCUGAGAAAAUUUUUAAACAACUAGAAGAUGUUGGACGACAGUUGGCACUUACCUUUAAUGAGGAAGGAUCUGUACUUGCAACUGGUGGUGAGGAUGGAAAAUUGAGGGUUUUCAAGUGGCCUACUAUGGAUAGCAUUCUAGACGAGUCUGGUGCUCAUGCCUCAGUGAAGGAUUUGGCUUUCAGCCCCGAUGGAAGAUUUCUCGCUUCUGUUGGAAGUAGUGGCCCUGGUAGGGUUUGGGAUAUUGCAUCAUCAGCUCCUAUAGCAUCUUUGAAGACAAAAAAGGAUGAGCAGUUUGUUCUCUGCAAAUUCUCACAGAGUCUUGAUAAUAACCAUCAAAUUCUGUAUGUUACAGCAAUGCAAGGUAAAGGUGGAAGUAUUGUGAAGUGGAAGGCUAAAUCGUGGAAGCCUAAAUCAUGGAAGCGGAUCAGCUCUAAGCUUGUCACUCGUGACUCCAUAACUGCCUUUAGUGUUUCAGCUGAUGGAAAAUAUCUUGCUGUGGGCACAAUGGAAGGCGACAUUUUAGUUUUAAAUUCCAGCAGUAUGCUGGUACACAGUGUAAUUAAGAAAGCUCAUCUAGGCAUACUUACGUCCCUGAUGUUUUCAGAAGAUUCGAGGGCUCUUUUAUCCACAUCUUUCGAUUCAAGUGCAAGAGUCACAUUAAUUGAUGAUGAGAAGAUGGUCACAAUAAUUAAUGAUCAGAAGAUAAAAGAUGCAGGAUGGAACUUCUGGAUCAUUCUGUUCAUACUAUUUCUCGCAAUUGCUGUGUAUUAUGUAAGACUAUUAGAAUUCCUAGUACUGCUUGAAGAUAUGUAGAAUGUUUCCCAAGUGGAUCAAGAGUUCAAGACACUUCUCUUGUUUGUAAAAGCAAUCUUUUAAAUUUCUAAUUACGAAAUAUCUGACUUUUGUAGCGUAGAAUUGCUUAUAUGUAUAAAGUUGCGACUGA